AACGUUGUUGCAGAAGGGGCGAGGAAGCACCUGCUUCCAACAAGGAGGUGGAGAAAAUGCUCUCAUGAAAAGGUCCAACUGCAGUGGUUGGCACUGAAACUUUGUGCAGGAGGUUGGAUUACUCUGAGAUUACACACAGGUUAUUUCAAUAAUCUUGUGGAGUAGUUGUUGCUUUGCGGUUUUCCUCUUUUUUGUUUUGUUUCCAGGAGUCUGUGGUGUGACCAAAAACCAUUCAGUGUACAUUAUGGAUUGCCUUUGUGGUGAAGGGGUUGUUACAGUUUAUGAUAAAUGGAGUUUUUCGGCUUUUUGUCAGCUUCCAUUCGUGUUUUAACGAUGAUGGUCUUUGCUUCUGCAUCUGUACCGCAUUUUAAUGCACCACGAACUGUUGCCAGAGUUGCCUGCCUUGGGAUAGACGAUGCGGUUUUAUCAGACAGCCACGGACCGCAAACAGAAGCACAGGAGAUACGCGGAGACAUUUCUGGACUUGGAUUUAUUUGAUCGGAUAGUAGAGGCAGCUUUCUGAGAGAGCAGUGACAUAAAUGCAUAGACAGUGGCACCGACAGUAGUAAAAGUUGGACUGAAAGUGCACAUUAAGUAAAGCAAACUGAUGCGCUUAUGAAGGGAUGCCAGCCAGGCGUGGCUUGUGUCUGAAUAUCCAAUGUGAGAAUGCGUGGGGAGUAUGUAUAUAAUCGAGCCUUUCCAUUUGAUAAACAGAGAUAUCAAACUCAUUAUUAUAGCAAAGGACUAUCAAUAAACUGAGAGGACUCCGCUGAUUAGGAGGAGCACGGCGCGCUGGGUAGGCUUUUUUGGCGUGAAUGGACCGGACUUGAGUAAACUUUUCUCCUUCCUAAACCCACCGUACAUCUUAAAUGCCUUCGCUAAAUUUGACAGCUGUGCACACAAUGGCAGAGGUCGGGAGUUUUCUGGGGACACUCGACUUGGAUUUACAAAGCUUUCCUGCGCUGGGGAAUAUGCCCUUACCAGAGUCUCCGGUAGGCUUGAAUGAGCGGCUGGGGCAGAUUGAAGGCAGGCUGCAGCGGGGGUCACCGACAGAUUUCGGGCACCUCAAAGGGAUCCUGAGGCGGCGGCAGCUCUACUGCAGGACCGGCUUUCAGCUGGAGAUAUUCCCCAAUGGCACAGUGCAUGGGACAAGACAGGACCACAGCAGAUUUGGUAUCCUGGAGUUCAUCAGUCUGGCAGUGGGUCUGGUCAGCAUCAGAGGGGUGGACGCUGGUCUCUACCUCGGCAUGAAUGAGAAAGGAGAGCUCUAUGGGUCGAAGAAGCUGACAGCAGAAUGUGUUUUCAGGGAGCAGUUUGAGGAGAACUGGUACAACACUUACGCUUCAACUCUGUACAAGCACACAGACACGGGACGCUUCUAUUAUGUGGCUUUAAACAAGGACGGCUCACCAAGGGAGGGUGGCAGGACUAAGAAGCACCAGAAACUCACCCACUUCCUACCCAGACCGGUGGAGAUUGAGAAGAUCCCUCAGGCCUACAGGGACUUAUUCCAGUACAGGUGACCAGUGCUUACACUGGGAGAACUGGUUACAGUUAGGGGCACAGAAAUAAACAGGAGGAGGAUGAGGAGGAGAAGUUGGUGGGUGUUGUGGAAAUUUUAGACCUGAUACACAACUGUUUACCCUCAGCUCCCCCCUGAGGUCACUGUGUUUGCACCUCGGCCCGCUGCCAAGCAUGUACGGCAGUGACAUAAACAUUGUGCUCGUUCCUGGAUGUUGCUUCUUUUGCAGUAGACUUGUGACCUCAAAAAGGGGGGAAGGCUUUCUAAUAAAAACCACUGUGGAUGUGGACAAAGGAGGCCCCUCGCAACUGCCCAGCUGUGGGUUGAUCAGGAAAAUGGAAUCGGGUGCCAUGGCUUCUCAAGGACCACUUUUUAGAGUGUAGAUACUGAAGUGACAACGAACGGAGACGUGGCUGUUUGUGGUUUUGAGCAGCACUAAGCUGGAUUGAAGAGACUUUUAGGAGCUCUAAAUGACAGAAAGCACUGCGGGUGUCACAUUGUGCAUUUGUCAUGCACUAUACACAGUCACGGUAAGAUAUAUAAGAAAGAGCACAUUCCACAUAUGCUAAGAUAGACAAGGGUUUAGGAUCGUCAGGCACCACAGAGUCUGUAAAAGGACGGUCUGUGAGGCCACUGUUAGAAGGCGAACUGGAGUUUUACUGAGUUUUCUUCCAAAUCAAAGGUAAAAGAGGGGAACAACAUCUCUACGAUGGCUGUGGGAUCCAUGAAACAGCACUUACUGCACAUCCGGAGUCCCAGCUGAGUCUAAACGUCACAUUCAUCCCAUUUAAAUAAAAUAUCAAGCAGCGAGCACCUUGUAGAAAUUACAAGCAAAAAACUUGUGAUUGUGCUCGGGACGAAAGCACUUCUCUGACUGUAGUUGUAAAGACGAAGAUGGGUUUUCUUUCAAGGAUGGUGACUUGUAAUGUUCAGAGUGUCAGGAACAUUAUUAAAAAUACGAGCAGCUGAGGUGUACAUAUGGGUGAUCCUAUUUAUGAGAUGUACAAUAUAUUUAUUUUCUACAUAUAAAGUAUAAAUGUAAAUCUAUGUAUUUAUUUAUUGCAAAGACUUUAUUUUGUAAUGAACUUGAAGUUAUCUGGACUGCAGAUUCUACUGAAAUGACACCCAAAAAAAAAGCAAACAAAGAAAAAGAACUGCAAUGAGCAUGACAAUAAAAUUGUCCUGCUAUCGAGAACUCAUUGUGAAAGAUUAUUUUUGUGUGGAUUAAAGUCUGAUGUAUCAAUUAAAACCAGAUAUAUAUGUGAA